AUGACGGGCUUCACACGAUUUCCACCAGGCGGACUUUCAUCUAUUUCGCCAAAGAUCACAGUCAACAUGCGAUUCAUGGACGAAGGUCAACUUCCGAACAACGAACUUCCAACUGUUUCGACAUGUUCACACAUCAUCAAGAUCCCAGAAUACGAAACUAAAGAAAUCUUACCAUAA